AUGGCAUACAACAACUCUCCGUAUCUGCAAAACUCGACUGAUGGGAGAAAUCCUCCUAUUAAUCCGUUUCCCAACAAUACGACAAUGCACGCCGUUGGUCCAGAUGGCAAGCCAAACACGGUCGCCGAGAAUAAUACUCCGGUGGUUGGAGUCCCCAUGAUGGCUUUCAAUAACCCUCCAGCCACGAUUGUUACUAAUGCGUAUCCUCCACCAUCACAGCCUGGCCCUGGGUGUUGCCCCAAAGAGUUCUUGUUUGCAACAUUCGGGAUGCUACUCGCUAUAGCUGGCGGAGUAAUGUGGGGAGUGUCAAAAUCAACAUAUACCUCUUGUCUGGAAAAUUGCAUAAUUAACUUUCUCACCGUUUCGGAUAGCUGUCCUGAUGAUUGCAAAAGUUCGUAUGAUGCGCUCAGAACUAGUGGCAUCGCUAUAUUGAUCUUUGGUGGAGUCCUGUUGAUGUUUGUUAAAAGGUGA